AUGAUGCUUACAAUUGAUGUGAAUGGAACAAAACAAGAUAUUGUUGUUGCUGUACAAAAGAGUGGGUUUUCAUGGGCUUUGAAUCGCGACAAUGGCAAGCUUAGCUGGGUUACGGCAGCUGGACCUGGUGGGUUUGGAGGAGGUGGAACAUGGGGAGCAGCCACUGAUGAAAAAAACGUUUACACUAACAUUGUUAACUCAGAUAACAAGAAUUUCACUCUUAAACCAUCCAACAAGAAUAUUACAACCGGAGGGUGGGUAGCAAUGGAGGUAGGGAAUGGCAAGAUCUUGUGGUCUAUAGCCAACCCAACUAAUGCCACUACUAAUGGUCCUGUUACUGUAGCCAAUGGCAUCAUCUUUGUAGGAUCCACGGAUAUAGAAGGCUUUAUCUAUGCAAUAAAUGGCAAUACUGGUGACAUUGUGUGGUCGUAUAAGACUGGAUCCACUGUUUUUGGUGGAAUGUCAGUAAGUGAUGGGUGCAUAUAUUUAGGAAAUGGAUAUAAAAUAGGUUUUGGAUUAUUAACUGGAAAUUAUACUGCUGGAACUUCGCUCUAUGCAUUUUGUGUCUAA